UUUCCUUCUCGUACUUUUAUUUUCUCGAAGUUCUUGAUACAAAACACCCGACUCGCUAUUCGCGCCGCACUCGUUCAACAAACUUAUACCGACGAUGAAGUUCACAACCGUUUUCGUGGCCCUCGUUUCCGCCGUUCCAGCCGUCUUUGGUCUUACCGUCAACACACCGGCUGAUGUUGUUGAGUGCCAGCCUGUUUUGUUUAGUUGGUCUGGCGGAGUGCCUCCCUACUACUUGACCCUUGUGCCUGGCGGGCAAUCGAUGGCCUCACCUAUCAAGUCCUUCCCUACACAAACGGGCACAUCCUAUACUUGGAACGUCGAUCUUCAAGCCAACACUAUCUUCAACAUCGCUCUCAAGGACAGUACCGGUACUACGGCAUACUCUGACAUCGUCACCAUCAUGUCUGGCAGCGACACUUCCUGCGUCAACACAGCAGUAAAUGAGGGUGGCUCAUCGAGUGGUAGCGCUGUUGCAAGUGGUACCUCUACCCCGACCGCUGGAUCUUCUGCUUCUGCCUCUGGUGCCACCUCUUCUGGUGUUAAAACCUCUGCCACUACCACUGCAUCCUCUGGUACGACUCAGAAGACCGGCGCUGCCAGUAGCCUUUCUGUCUCUUCGGCAAUGGGUGUUGCCGGUGUGAUGGGUCUCAUUGGUGCUGCUCUCUUCUAAACAUGAUGAUACGGACAUGAUCAUGACGCGCGGCGGAUUGUUGAUUUGAUACAUAUCACCUGUCUUUUCUCCGUUCCAUAUUACUCUUAUUUUAGUCACUUGUUUUUGUUGGCAAUGUUGCCUACUUUGUGCUCCUUUGUGCAUUAUAGAAGAGCAUCUUUCAUUUGUCAAUAUGAACCCUAUCUCCUGGUGUGAAAGGGUCGUUGUGAAAUCACAGAAUCGAGAUUGAAUAUUGUGCAGGG